AUGCCUCGGUAUUACUGUGACUACUGCGAUGCAUACCUCACCCACGACUCGCCGGUUGUGGGCAAGCAGCACAACAGCGGAUACAAGCACAAGGCCAACGUCAAGUCUUACUUUACUCAGUUUGAGGAGACCAUGCAGCAGCGGCAGCUAGAGGCACAAAUUCGUGCGCGCAUGGUAGGAGGUUUGGGGUGUGUGUUGGCAGUGCAUGCCUGA